AUGUCCAAAACUGUGGUGGCUCCGUUCCGAGGCUUGUCACGAGUGGGGAUCCCGCGUGGUCCCAACCUUACGCGCUCCUCUGCAGCGGUCUCGCCUUUCAAUCCGACCAGCUUCGGCCGACGAACGUUUCUUCCGCCAAGGGAAUAUAGCUUAUCUCGGGCAGGAAACGACACCAAGCUCGCUUUGGAUGACCUGGUUGAGACUUAUUGUGGCUCGGUCAUUUUGACCAGGGCAACCUGGUCUCCACGUUUCAGCUCCACCCAUGCAGAUGGCGGGUGGAACGCAGAAAAAGCCACCACGGCUGCAGCACCAACGAUUGGCCUGACUAAGUCACGAGACGAUCUCUUCGGCUCCAGAUGCCCAGAUGUAGAGAGACGUCUGCGGUGCAAGCACACUUGUGGCGCGAACCACAUCGCAUCGGCUUACUCGAGCGAAAGAGGCAGGAGUUCUAGUGUAUCUACUCCGAAUCAUCAUGCUGCAUUUGGUGAAGGUCGAUAG